AUGCCACGCCGAUCUAAAAGGAGAAAGACUGCUUCUGAUACAGCAGUGACCGAUGAAACCGCUCCGUCCACUGUCAAUGCCACUGCUCCCCCCGACCAAAGGGACAAUGCUAUUAACUCUGAGUUGAAGAUGGAAGCCGAAAGCCUUGAAUUGGGCAAGGCAGCAAUGGUAGAAGAAGGAGCAGAGGCGCAAACCGUGAUUCGCGGGAGCAACAACAACGAAGCUCAUGUUGACACAAUCAGCAACGCCAGCGAAGCCCCUACCUUUGACGACAUUGAUCCCGCCGAGCAGGUCGACCCUGCCAUCUUCGAUGAAGAAGAAGUUCCGGACUACGAUGUAGAUGAGGGGGUCGCCAACGCCAAGUCCAAAGGGCACAUGAACGGCGGCCGACAGGGGGGCUUCAACGCCCUAAAAUCCUUCCACGGCCAGAUGUACACGGGCAUGGCCAUCGGCGGCUCGCACAAGUGGAACUACGACCAGGGAGUGUGGAAGGAGACGAAAAUGGAGCCGGACCUGUGGAAAGUCGACUUUGAAACGACCAAGAGACGGGCGCGCAAUGCUCCCAAGGGGAGUGGUGCGCCCGUAGGAACCGAGUAUCAUUGGCUUAUUGUCGCGCAUCAGCACGUCAAGAAAAUCGACGCAAACACGUACACCACCCACCUGGUCGGGUCAAAGUACAAGCUCGCACACAAGAACGUCAACUCGAAUUCGUGGUCCGUGCCGACGGUCAAGGGCCAGCGCGAGCGCGAGAUCGAGCUGCUUGAAGACGCGAAGCGGAGGGUCCAGGGCCUCCCGCCCGUCCUGGCAGGCGAGAAGGUCAAGGUGGAAAAGGGGGCGGAAAAGGGGCAGCAGAAACUUGACUCCCUGUUUUCGAGAUCUGGCGGUGGUGGAGGAGCAGAAAUAGGAGCAGGGGGGAAGAGGAAACGAAACCAGGAGACGUAA